GGAAGACAAGGCACAGAUACAAGAAGCGAUUAAAGGCCAAGGGGAAGUCGUCCGGAAGUUAAAGUCAGAGAAGGCGAGCAAAGAUCAGUGCUAGGGUUGCUUACCACUUUUCUCCUGUUCUUCCUGCCUGACCCUGGAUGACCUCGGCCUGCCUCACCCGUCAUCAUCAUCAUCAUCAUCUACCUCUCUUGCUGGUGAAUCAAUCCCUCCUUGACGUCAUUGCCCAACUCACUCACUGGUUCUACUUCUACUGCCCCUUGUGAUUGGCUUUCCUUUACGAAACCUCUGGACAUUGUUGUACCCAUGAUGCACUCCUGAACUUUUGCCUGUCCAAUUCCUGGACCUGUUUUUUCCUUCUUUUUUCUGUGCUGUGCACUGAACAUGCUGGGCAUGUUUUGUGUUCGUGUUUGCUCUGGUUUGAUGGGCUUUCGGGCCGCACCACGGUCUCUGCAUUCUUUCCCUGGGAUCACUGUGGCUCAGAUUGAUGAAGAGGUUGCCAAACUGCUGCAGCUGAAGGCUCAGAUAGGAGGAGAUGAUGGCAAACAUCAGUUUGUCCUCAAGACGGCAAAGGGAACGAGGGACUACAACCCCAAGCAGAUGGCCAUCAGAGAGAGAGUCUUCAGCACCAUCAUCGGCUGCUUCAAACGCCACGGAGCAGAAACCAUCGACACGCCCGUCUUUGAACUCAAGGAGACGUUGACGGGGAAGUACGGGGAAGAUUCUAAGCUCAUCUACGACCUGAAGGACCAAGGAGGAGAGCUGCUGUCCCUCAGAUAUGACCUCACUGUGCCCUUUGCCCGCUACCUGGCGAUGAACAAGAUAACCAACAUCAAGCGGUACCACAUCGCUAAAGUCUACCGCCGCGACAACCCAGCCAUGACCCGCGGACGCUAUCGAGAGUUUUACCAAUGUGAUUUCGACAUAGCAGGGCAGUAUGACGCCAUGAUUCCAGAUGCUGAGUGUCUGAAGAUUGUCCACGAAAUCCUCAGUGAGCUGGAUCUCGGAGACUUCCGGAUCAAGGUCAACGACAGACGCAUUCUUGACGGAAUGUUUGCCGUGUGUGGCGUUCCAUAUGACAAGUUCCGCACCAUCUGUUCAACAGUGGAUAAACUGGACAAGAUGCCCUGGGAGGACGUGAGGAAGGAGAUGGUGAAUGAGAAGGGCCUGUCGGAAGAGGCGGCCGACCAGAUCGGGGAGUACGUCAGUUUACAAGGUGGAAUGGAACUAGCAGAGCGGCUCCUUCAGGACCAGAAGAUGUCUCUGAGUAAGCAGGCCUGUGCUGGCCUGUCUGACAUCAAGCUGCUCUUCAGCUACCUGCAGCUCUUCCAGGCCACAGACAAGGUGGUGUUUGACCUCAGUCUGGCUCGGGGUCUGGACUACUACACGGGAAUCAUUUACGAGGCGGUGCUGACUCAGGCGUGUGUGUCCACGGCGUCCACCGAUGCCCAAAAUGGGGCGGAGGAGAGUGUGAGCGUGGGCAGCGUGGCCGGCGGCGGUCGGUACGACGGCCUGGUGGGCAUGUUUGACCCCAAGGGUCGGAAAGUACCGUGUGUGGGCGUCAGUAUCGGCAUCGAGAGGAUCUUCUCCAUCAUGGAGCAGAAGGCCGAGGCCUCAGCAGAGAAGGUCCGUACCACAGAGGUUCAGGUCAUGGUGGCAUCGGCUCAGAAGAAUCUGCUGGAGGAAAGACUCAAACUCGUCUCUGAGCUCUGGAAUGCUGGCAUUAAGGCCGAGUUGAUGUACAAGAAGAACCCCAAACUGCUGAGUCAGCUGCAGCACUGUGAGGAGUCUGGGAUCCCCCUGGUGGCCAUACUGGGAGAACAGGAGCUCAAGGAUGGAGUUGUGAAACUCCGCGUCGUGGCCUCCAGAGAAGAGAUGAGACAUGGACCGAAUCAAGAAAGAACACAUCAAAUAGAUGUUUCCAAAAAUUGGUUUUGGUCUUUUUAAGUAGUUGUUAUCACGCUGAUGUGUGUUAAUCGUUCUUAUAAAUUUGGAUUUACUCACGGAAGGGGUACAUAAAGGGCUCAGGAUGUCUGCCGGACCGCCCUCAACCCCUGGACAGUGGGACCGCCCUCAACCACUGGACAGUGGGACCGCCCUCAACCCCUCACAGACUGAACAGCCUCAUCGGCCGUGAGGGUGGCGGUUGGGCCUUUGACUCCAAAAUGACCAAUGCAAGAUGGUCAUUUUGGUUUCAUUUUAGUACAGUUUAUAACAUCAAUAUCAAAACUAGAAUUAAGAUCUAGAGGAUUCUAUAUUAGCACCCAGCCAGUGGAGCUGGCCUUUGUUUAAAGGGCUGUUUCUGUGUGGAACUGGGCUGACCUCACUGACCUUGUCGUCCUCUACAGAUGGAUAUCUCCAGAGCAGCUCUUAUAGAGGAGAUCAGGAGGAGGACCUGAGGCCUAGUCACCAGACACAACAGACACUCUGCACAGUCUCUGGUUGUUGCCCAGAGCAGUGGCCAUGAAGAGCUUCUGGAGAGAGAACGCGCUCAUGAACACCAUCGAGAUGUAUUUAUUGCAGUAAACGGGAAAUGUGUUCAGGAUAUUCUCUCGACACAUUCUUGCUUUCAUUGUUUAAUAGCGAGGAACACAUUGAUUGAAGUCGAUGUUUCUUAUUUCCCAUGAAGCUGCUGGACAUCAGUUUGGUCUUUUAAUCCAAAUUAAUUAGCUAAACAUCUUUCUUAAUCUGUUCAGGUCCAAGAGGACAUUUACUUGUUGAACCAUCAGGUGAUUUACUGUUUGUCUGCCUGAAUACGAAAUGUCUGAAAUAAACACAUCAUUCUGCUCCAAAAACAGCUGCUGAUUUGUGUGGAGGACAUAUUUAUUCGUCAUGUUUUGAGAGGUCUGUCCCUUUUUACUGAUAACAUAUCGUCACUGCAACAAAAACAAGUUUUUUAUGAUUUGCAUGUUUGAUCAUAUCCCUGCCCAAACUACAGGCAUAAGAUUUUUUUUUCCCAAAAAAGAUUAUAAAUCAUGUCUUCAAUGAUGACACAAUCUGUGACGUUUGCUUACAUAACGUUACAAAAAUCCAUAUUACUUUGUAAACUUAUUGUAAACGGUGUAAUAAUUUACCAUGUCUGGGCUUCUAGCCAUCACUUUUUCUGUUGUAUGAAAGUGUCAAAAUUGGGAGUGCCUCUUAAUCAAAAGACUUGACAAACACAUGGAUUCCCCUGAAAUAUUAACCCCACUUUUGCACGAAUCUAAAAGCAGAAUGAUAGACUGCUUUGAGAUGUUUGGGAGUAGAAUGCAUAUGUAUUACAUCGCCAUAGUCUAUGAUGAUGACACGGUUUAUCAAGGUUUCCAUAGGCCAAGUUUUACAUUUUUAUUUCAUCUGAAUUGAACCUUAAAUUAGAUCAAAUAAAGGUACGUUUUGAAUGUAGAUUACAUGA